CACAUACAUAAUCAAUUCCAAAGUGAGUGGGAUAGAGAGAGACAGAGAGACAACGGCCAUGGCUACGAAGUUAGUUUCUACUUUCGCCAUCUUUUUCAUCCUCGUUCUUGUCAUCUCUGAAACACGUGGGACAGAAGCCCAUGAUGACGAGUGCCUAAAAGAAUACGAUGGCGAAGAUGGUUUCGCCUUGUGCAGGCCUUUCCUAUAUACGCCGCCUUGUUAUACAAGGUGCAAAAUGGACAACGGUGCUAAAAGUGGUAGAUGCAUCCUGGGAGCUGGAGAGCUCAUACCUUUAUGCUUCUGCGACUUCUGCGGCGAAGAACUUACCGAACAGUUUAUAAGACAAGUUUGAAUCUUGCAAGUGUCAUGGUUUGCGUAAUAAUCAAGGAUAAUAUUUCAAUAAAUGUAUGAGUUUAAAUCUGUUCUUAUCAGUUUAAUAUCUGAUAUGUGGGUCAUCGGCUCACACGAUAUUAACUCUAUUUUUUGAGGGAGAGAGCCCAUUAAGGUAGCUUGCUACCUGGGCUUUCGUGAGUCGCUCAUGCAUUGCACUACUGCACAGGUCUGGCUCAUCCCAUCUAAAAAAAUAUUUCAAUAAAUAAUGUAAAGAUGAAUAUUAAGUAAAAUAAAAUAAAGAAACCUAGGCCUUGCCUGGGUUGUUAUUAUUCUGAUUGUUA